AUGUCAUCUGCAACUACUACUACAACUACUACCCCACCAAAGUUUGCUCCUAAAAAGAAAGGAAGAGGUGUCACCGAUUUAAUUGCUGGUGGUACCGCUGGUUUAUUCGAAGCUUUAUGUUGUCAUCCUUUAGAUACCAUCAAAGUUAGAAUGCAAUUAUAUCGAAAAUCAGGUAAAAAACCUCCUGGUUUUGUUAGAACUGGAAUAAAUAUCGCUCAAAAAGAAACUAUCUUAUCAUUAUAUAAAGGUUUAGGAGCCGUUGUUAUUGGUAUUGUUCCAAAAAUGGGAAUUAGAUUCUCAUCUUAUGAAUUUUAUCGUUCUUUAUUAUAUGCUCCAGAUGGCUCUAUCACUACCGGUCAAACCUUUUUAGCCGGUGUAGGUGCAGGUAUAACUGAAGCUGUAAUGGUUGUAAAUCCAAUGGAAGUGGUUAAAAUUAGAUUACAAGCUCAACAUCAUUCUAUGGCUGAUCCAUUAGAUGUACCAAAAUAUAGAAAUGCUCCUCAUGCUGCAUAUCUUAUUGUUAGAGAAGAAGGAUUUGGAACUCUUUAUAGAGGGGUUUCAUUAACCGCUGCAAGACAAGCUUCAAAUCAAGGGGUUAAUUUCACCGUUUAUUCUAAAUUAAAAGAAUAUUUACAAGGUUAUCAUAAUCAAGAAAUCUUACCAAGUUGGGAAACCUCUUUAAUUGGGUUAAUUUCAGGGGCUUUAGGUCCAUUAUCAAAUGCUCCAUUAGAUACUAUUAAAACAAGAUUACAAAAAACCACAUUCGCAUCAAAUGAAUCAGGUUUAGUUCGUAUUGUUAAAAUUGGUCGUCAAUUAAUUAAAGAAGAAGGUACAAGAGCUCUUUAUAAAGGUAUUACUCCAAGAAUUAUGAGAGUGGCUCCAGGUCAAGCUGUUACUUUUACAGUUUAUGAAUAUAUUAAAGAUAUUUUAAAUGGUAAUCAAAAUGCUCCAACAGUAGGUUUAACUUCUGCUGCUGAUAAAAAAUUAAAGUAG